AUGAAAGCCAUCAGGACUGACCAACGUAUCUCAGCCCCCGUGGACCACCUCGUGACCUACAAGGACGUGGUCUUCACAAGUGGACUACUGGAAGGCCGCACAUCUUACCAAGGACCCCCCACUCCGGAACGAGACGCUGCCUGGGAAGACCUGUACAGCUUCGGUGCCAGCCGCAUCCCCCAAUCCUCGGCGCGGAAGCUUGCCAACCAAACCCUUCCCAUCCCGGACGAUCCGGGCUAUUACAUUGUUGAGCUGAACGUAUUUCAUCAGCUACACUGCCUGAACAUGUUACGACUGCGCUUGUACUCCACCGAGGAAUAUGAAAUGGACCACCCGACUAUGGGCAGCCAGCAUCUGGAACACUGCAUGGACGCCAUCCGGCAGAGUCUGAUGUGCUCAGCGGAUACGGCACCACACUCGUGGGCCUGGGACGAAUCGACACAGCGAGCGAAGGUCGUAGCCGGAGUGCUGCACACAUGCAAGGAUUUCGACGCGAUUCGGGACUGGGCGCGACAGAACGAGGCGGGAUAUUUCAAUACGAGUCGGCGGGGAGAUGAUGUGAUUUGA